AUGGAUUGGGGCACUGAGCUGUGGGAUCAGUUCGAGGUGCUCGAGCGCCACACGCAGUGGGGGCUGGACCUGUUGGACAGAUACGUAAAGUUCGUGAAAGAACGUACCGAAGUGGAACAGGCUUACGCCAAACAACUGCGGAGCCUGGUGAAAAAAUAUCUGCCCAAGAGACCUGCCAAGGAUGAUCCCGAGUCCAAAUUCAGCCAGCAACAGUCCUUCGUACAGAUUCUCCAGGAGGUGAAUGACUUUGCAGGCCAGAGGGAGUUGGUGGCCGAGAACCUCAGUGUCCGUGUGUGUCUUGAGCUGACCAAGUACUCACAAGAGAUGAAACAGGAGAGGAAGAUGCACUUCCAAGAAGGGCGGCGGGCCCAGCAGCAGCUGGAAAACGGCUUCAAACAGCUGGAGAAUAGUAAGCGUAAAUUUGAGCGGGACUGCCGGGAGGCAGAGAAGGCAGCCCAGACUGCUGAACGGCUAGACCAGGAUAUCAACGCCACCAAGGCUGACGUGGAGAAGGCCAAGCAGCAAGCCCACCUUCGGAGUCAUAUGGCCGAAGAAAGCAAAAACGAAUAUGCAGCUCAACUGCAGCGCUUCAACCGAGACCAAGCCCACUUCUAUUUUUCACAGAUGCCCCAGAUAUUCGAUAAGCUCCAAGACAUGGAUGAACGCAGGGCCACCCGCCUGGGUGCCGGGUAUGGGCUCCUGUCGGAGGCCGAGCUGGAGGUGGUGCCCAUCAUUGCCAAGUGCUUGGAGGGCAUGAAGGUGGCUGCAAAUGCUGUGGAUCCCAAGAACGACUCCCAAGUCCUUAUAGAGCUGCACAAGUCAGGUUUUGCCCGCCCGGGCGACGUGGAAUUCGAGGACUUCAGCCAGCCCAUGAACCGUGCACCCUCGGACAGCAGUCUGGGCACCCCCUCGGAAGGACGUCCGGAGCUCCGAGGCCCAGGCCGCAUCCGCACCAAGCGCUGGCCCUUUGGCAAGAAGAACAAGCCCCAGCCGCCUGAACAUGUGUAUAACCUCUCCCCCCUGGGGGGUCCCGUACCCUCGGCAUUGCCUAACGGACCCCCGUCCCCCCGCUCCGGCCGUGACCCCUUGGCCAUACUGAGCGAGAUCAGUAAGUCGGUCAAACCGAGGCUAGCAUCCUUCCGCAGCCUUCGAGGCAGCCGUGGGACAGUGGUGACCGAGGAUUUUAGCCAUUUGCCCCCAGAGCAGCAGCGAAAGCGGCUUCAACAGCAGUUAGAAGAACGCAGUCGUGAACUUCAGAAGGAGGUUGACCAGAGGGAACCUCUGAGUCCAGAGUGGGCUGACCCCAGAGCUCUGCCCUGGAACGAUUUUGCCGCCCCCUCCUCCCAGGCGUGGCUGGCAGAAGCUGAAAGUCGAGUCCUUAGCAACCGGGGAGACAGCCUGAGCCGGCACGCCCGGCCUCCCGACCCCCCUGCUAGCGCCCCACCAGACAGCAGCAGCAACGGCGGAUCACAGGACACCAAGGAGAGCUCUGAAGAGCCUCCCUCAGAAGAGAGCCAGGAUACCCCCAUUUACACGGAGUUUGAUGAGGAUUUCGAGGAGGAACCCACAUCGCCCAUAGGUCACUGUGUGGCCAUCUACCACUUUGAAGGGUCCAGUGAGGGCACCAUCUCUAUGGCCGAGGGUGAAGACCUCAGUCUUAUGGAAGAAGACAAAGGGGACGGCUGGACCCGGGUCAGGCGGAAAGAGGGAGGCGAGGGCUACGUGCCCACCUCCUACCUGCGAGUCACACUCAAUUGAACCCUGCCAGAGGCGGGAAGACGGGGGGCUGUCGGCUGCUGCUUCUGGGCCACGGGGGGCCCCAGGACCUAUGCACUUUAUUUCUGACCCCGUGGCUUCGGCUGAGACCUGUGUAACCUGCUGCCCCCUCCAUCCCCAACCCAAUUCCACCUGUCACUCCGGACGGACCCGCUGUGCCUUCUACCAUCGUUCCACCAUUGAUGUACAUACUCAUGUUUUACAUCUUUUCUUCCUGCCGCUCGGCUCCGGCCAUUUUGUUUUAUACAAAAAUGGAAAAAAAAAAAAAAAAAAAGAAAAUUACAUAAAGUUCCU